AUGGUUUACCUUCUUCUACCGAGAUUCCUUGUCUUGGCCGGUCUUUUCCUCAUUUUAGGAUCAGCCACCACAUUUCAAGAAUCUGCGACUCUACUUGCUCGAAAUUCCGGUUCUAUCUGCUCUACCUAUAUCGUUGCUGGAGGAGAUACCUGCGCCAAAAUUGCCCAAAGCCAUGGCAUCACCGUGCAGGAUAUCGAGGCCUAUAAUACUCAGACGUGGGCAUGGCAUGGCUGUGCUCAACUACAACAGGGGGCCUUUAUAUGCGUUUCAUCCGGGGAACCUCCCAUGCCGGUCGCUCUUCCAAACGCUACUUGCGGCCCGCAGGUUCCUGGUACCGUCCAUCCCAGGAAGUAUUCCGACCUCGCUUCUUUGAAUCCGUGUCCAGCAAGCCAGUGUUGCUCAGAAUCAGGCCAAUGCGGUACUACCUCGGCGUUUUGCAGUGCAUCGAACGGCUGUAUCUCCCAUUGCAAAAAGAACGCAGACACUCAACCUGCAAACAAGGCUUCAGCCAGCACUACUUCAACGAAACAAUCUACAACGUUAGCAAAGUCCACCCCUACAACGUCCAAGUCCUCCAAAACCGCCACAGCAGCCGCAGCUUCAUCAACCCCACAUUGGCAACUCACAAUGUACAGCAAAAAGGAUUGCGAGGGAGACUACUACCUACUCCAAGGGUACAACACCUGGCUUGACAAAUGUCUCCGCCUGGAUUCUGGAUUGAGCACUGUGGUCUCAGAUACAGAGUUGUCCUGUCGGUGGUGGGUUGAUGGUGGAUUUGGCGGUUGGAAGAGCUGUGAUGCAAGUGACUUGAAGAAACCCCGGUCUUGGUUUAUGAGUAAUGGUUCUUGUAUGAUUUACUCUGAUGAUGCCUGUAAGGUGAAUACGGGUACUAUUAAUGGAGGAACGCAUCUGGGUUGUCAAAGUGAGCAUACUAUGGCGACGGAGCCGGAUACGAAUUUUGGAUCUUUGAAGUGUGCUAGCUUGGUUUAA